UCAGCUAAGUGAAAUAAAUCAAAAGUAAACUAUAUAAGCUUAUAUUUCGUGCUAAGAAAUUCAUUUUCUUAUUGUUUUAAGCUUAGAUUUAGUUUAAAAAUCCACCAGAAUGAGUCGAGCUCAUAUGUUAUAUGAUAACAAGCCACUGGAAGCCAUCCCUGUCACUGCGAUACAACGGGAAUCGGCGUGGAAUCCUCAACAAGUUUUCAAAUUUGACAGCAGUGGAGCUAAAAAUGGAGGCGUCUUGGUCGAAGGAGACAUACAAGGAAGGUCAAGAUAUUCUGUCAGAGAUAAAUCUUCUGGAGCGAAUAAAUGGUGCUAUGUUGUCAUCCAUGUAGCAGUUGCCAGGGCUACAAGGAGAAAGUUUGACUCAACUGGAAAGGAAAUUGAACCCAACUUUGGGGAAACUAAGAAAGUCAGUACAGGUUAUCUAAUGUCUUCUUACAAGACUUGUCCUGUGGGAGAAUCCGACAAGUUAAGCCUGUCUGAUGUGAUAAAAGAAGUAACUGUAAAAGAGCUGAGUGAUUUAACAGAAAGUAAAGCAGCUGGAUAUAAAAACUGUGUCUCAUUUUGGUGGGAUGAGAAUGAAUUGGAAAAAAUGGAGUUGAAUGUAGGGAAUCAUGUAAGACUGCGCACCAGAGGAAAAGGACCAUAUAUUGAUUCGCUAUCCAAGCUCAACCAACAAAACUCUACAGUAUCAAACUAUUCUGGAGGUGAGAAGACAGGCACAUCUUGGACUGAUAAAGUCAUGUCUCACAAGGGUCAAGAAUCAGAACCACAAGACCAGCAAGAAGGUGUUGAGGACGAUGAAUGGGAUGACUGAGACAUCAUUUGAAGUCAUGGACAGACUCUGUUGAUGUACUGGCUGUCAGCAUGUUGGACACUCCCAAGAUCACUAUCAACCUAUGUCAAGCUUUUCCAGCUCAAAAUUGGUAUUAGGUAACUAACAUAAUGUAUAAAUAACAAAUCGUUUAAAACAGACAUUUUCCACAGCUUUAUUUCAUGGUGAACAAAUAUUAAAAUGAGCAUUUGCUAAUAUAACUGCCAGAAGUUAAAACACAUAAAAUUUAAUCACACAAAAAAAUGAAAUGAAGCAAUUCUUGAUUUUAUUGACAAGGAAUUAUUAAUCAAUAGACUAUAGUUUUAAUUUUUAUAUUUCCAAAGACAUUCCCCAAGUUUUUCCCCUUCAAAGUUUUUAGUAACAACUGUACAAGUAUUGAAUGCUUGACAAAAAUCUUUAGUUAUGAUUUAAUUUAUAAUUUAAUAUAGAUGUAUGAUUCACAUACCCUAGAAAAACCACUAAUACUACCAUCAGUAUUGUUUUCUUUGUAUAAUGAUAUCAUAUUAUGUAUACUUACAUAAUAAAGAAUACAAUUGAACCUAA